UAGGUCAGGUCAAAUUUAUUUGAUCCAAACCAUUAACCAAGAGACCAACUCAAUUUAACCUUAUCUUAAUACGUGCCUAAGAGAAGAUGUCCCAUGAUUCAAUUCCACAACCAAUAAAGUCACAACAUCUGGGAGAUAGAGGGUCACACUUGCCAUGAACUAUGUAAAAGAGUUAAGGGCUAAUUUCACUGGGAAGCUUAAACUAUUCAAAAAGUGUCAUUUGUGGUCUAAAUUAUUCAAUAUGACAAAUCUGGCCUAAACUAUUUUUUUGUUAAUGUUGACCGACGUUGAUCGUUAGUAGAUCAUAGAAAAUGUAGUCAGCUUCUAUCUAGUUUGGGCCAGAUUUGUCAUAUUGAAUAGUUAGGCCACAAAUAUCACAAAAUGCAUAUAGUUUGGGCUAAAUUUGUCAUACUGAAUAAUUUAGGCCACAAAUGACACUUUUGAAUAGUUUGAACUUCCUAGUGGAAUUAGUCAAAGAGUUAAAACAUAAGGCACAUCUUAAGUUGUCUAUCCACAUUGAACCCAAUUGAAUAUGUGCUAUGAUUUAACUCACUAUCAUUAAUAUUCCUCAAGUAUUAUAAUCAACUCUUAAGACUAAAUUCUUACUCAUUUUCCCUAAGUUUUAUAUAAAAAAAACUAAGCCAAUGCUGGAAAUGGACAGAUUAAAUUAAGGACAUGGAGGCUUUUUCUUUUUUGUCAUUAAAUCACUCUUAAACAAGAGGAACAAACAAAGUUUCGCAGACUUACAAAAGGAUCAAGUCUACUGCGAAACAAAGUCGAACCUCAAACAAAUGAGGCGGCAAGAACAGAGCCUGAGUGGCCACCAAAUGAGCCGCUCUGUAACCAUGGAACACAAACCAUCAAACCCAGAAAAGUACAAACUAUGACAUCGCAAAAACAACCCGAACAGCCUAACCCAUGCAAUGAGCAAAGUCCACCAUAACGACUCUAGUUGCAGAAGCCCUCCAAAGAUCCAAAUGAAAACCCGAAUAAUCAACACAUCAAAGCCAUAAUCUGUUGUCCAAAGCCACCACAGCAAGUAUACUACAUGUAGAAGAAAAAAAACAUUUUCAUCCUACAAGUGAAGAACAAAAGCAUAUAGGCUUUGGAAGGAAAAAAUUCUCCCCUCAAAAAAGGUAACCACCCAUCAUCAGGAGGGGAGUGUGCGUGGGGGAUUCCCACGACUUCCUCAAAAUCAUAAAUUGUGGCUUCGAUUGAGAUCCCCCCAUUAUUGAGCGUCGAAGACACGACGACGACCAGAAAGCGAAGUAAGGCAGAAGAAACAAACCUCCAUCCACUCCUCAUGCGUGGGUGAUGCCCACGUCUGCUGAAACACACGAACAAAGAAAUCAGAGCAAAGGGAAACGAAGAACAGAUCGGAAUUACCCACUUUCCAUCCUAACCUCUAUUUCCGAGACUCUUGCGCUGAUGUUUAUACGUGAUGCCCACGACUACGUGAUUACCCGGAAAAUGGAGCCCGACACGGAGGCCUUCUGGCUUCUGCCAAACCCUGAAAUUGUAGCUCGGCCCGGCCUCGCCCGCUGACAGAUUCACUCCAAUUCUCGGCCAAAAUAAGCCGAAGCCCAUUACAUUACGGCCCAAUAGUAACAGAUUGUGCUUAAACCCUAAUAAUUUGCCCCCAAUUCCUCCAAAAUCAGAACCCUUCGUCUUCCUCCUACAACACAGAAGAAAUCCCCCUUUUCCUAGGGUUCCAGCUCUCCUCCCGAAUCCCAAUCCCAAAAACAACAUGAGGCCGCUCGACGAGGCGGAGACGACGGUCGUCUUCGAGAAGCUCCUGAAGUUCACCGGCAACAACCUGAAGAAUAUCGUCGAGAGCCCCGCCCACGAAGGUCCCGACCCGAACCCCGGCCGCUACUGCUUCCGCCUCCAGAAGAACCGGGUCUACUACGUCAGCGAGGCCCUGGUGAAGCGCGCCACCAACAUCAGCCGGAAGAACCUCGUCGCCAUGGGCACCUGCGUCGGCCGGUUCACCCACGGCGGCAAGUUCCACCUUACCGUCCAGUGCCUGGGCCUGCUGGCGGCGAACGCCAAGCACAAGGUGUGGCUGAAGCCGACGUCGGAGAUGUCGUUCCUGUACGGCAACCACGUGCUGAAGGGCGGCCUCGGGAGGAUCACCGACGGCAUCCAGCCGGGCGACGGCGUGGUGGUGUUCUCGAUGUCCGAUGUCCCGCUGGGGUUUGGGAACGCGGCGAAGUCGACGCAGGAUUGCCGGAAGCUGGAUCCGAAUGGGAUCGUCGUUCAUCACCAGUCGGAUAUCGGGGAGUAUCUGAGGAUGGAGGACGACCUUUGAAGGAAAAGGUAAAACGGGGAAAGGAAAUUGGAGAAAGACCCAAUUGAUGUAAUGAGAUAUUAUGAUGAAUGUAUCCUUUCACAUCUAUAUAUUCAUCAAGUUUUGGAAUUUGGGUGCUUUCUUCUUCUUCUUCUUGCAACCAAUUUUGCACCGUCUUUGUUCAAUGUUGAUUCAGCUUCGUUGUGUGUUCUGUUUUUACAAGUUAACGGAAGGAUGAAAUGAAAUAUAGGCAAUGUAGCUUAAAGAAACGAUCUUUGUAUAACGACUCUGUUGUUGCCUGAAGUACCGAGUUUUUGCUCAUUCCAGAGAAGGGCAUGUCGAAUGAGCUUGAUAGGAGUAUAGAACUAUAGAUGCCCUACAUCUUCAGCCUUCAUGGGCACUUGCCUUCUUCAACAGCCUUUCCCUGUGGCAUUAGCGACUGUGAUGGUUUUUACAGACUUCACUAAUCACUACAUAGUUAGUCCUGAUAGAAACCACAACUAGAGAAGUUGGCAAUUUCUGAUAGAAAACCACUACUUCUCGGAGUGAAGUAUCUGACCGCUACUGCUUCCUCCUCCAGAAGAACACAGUCUAGUACAACAUCAGCGAGGCCCUGGUGAAGUGCGUCACCAACUUCAGCCAGAAGAAUCUUGUCUCGAUGGGGAACUGCAUCAUCACCACACGGUGAAGGGCGGUAUCGAGAAGUUAACCGAAGACAUGCAGCCGGAGGACGCAGCAAUGCCAGAAGCUGGACUCAGAAUGGGAUCGUCGACAUUGGGAGCAGAGGUACAGUAACGAGAAACUUGGAUGAAUGCGGCCAUGGAAAAGGAGCCUCUGUAUCUGAGCAUUAACAUCAAUAGUCAUCAAGUUUAGUACUUUUUGGUGGUGCUUCUUCUUCUUCUUCUUCUUCUUCUUCAAGCUCGCAAUUUUACUGUGUCUGUUCCAUGUUUGUUUCUCACAUUCAUUGAGUGUUUACUGAAUUAGGUUUGCAUUAUGGUUCAACAGUUAUUGCAUAAUCUAUGCACAAAGGAAGAGAAGAAAAAAUGACUGGGAUCGGUGUUUAGACCAUGGAAGCUGUAGAAAUAGCUAAUGGAAAUUGGGCCUAAGUAAAGAAAUGAAGUGGAAAAAAUAUAAAUUGCGCAUCCAGGGAGUCGAACCCCGGUCAGUACCGUGGGAGGGUACUAUGAUACCACUACACUAGAUGCGCUUUUGUUUAUUACAAUUCACAAAUUGUUUUAAUUUAUAUUAGGGUCACGUUCAACUCUGCAGCUCUUAUGGUUCGAACAUAGAAUGAUGUAGUGAUUGUAUAUGUUGGAUUACACCUACCAGACAUACCUGAUUCACUACUCUGAAACGGCUCUUCAAACUUUGCAGAGAGCAGGAGAAGAGGACAUUGAGGUUGUUCAAGGUACUAGCUAGCUAGCUCAUUAUGCGACAGACAGUGCAUCUUAUUCAAGCAUAUAUAUGAAAUUUACUCUUGCGAUCUGCUGCUCCAUCAAAUGGAUUCUUCUUAACUUGACACUGGCAUAAGAUAAACGCAGGAUGCGAUGCUGCUGAUUUAUAUGGUUUAUUAUUUCCUCCACUAUUGUUACCUAAUAUUUAAGAAUGCGAGUAAAUGUUGCAGAUGAUCAAUAAGUAGGGAAGAUCUCUGGGUUUUGCUCUGAGGUCCUCAAGGAAGUACAAAACAUGUCGAAGUCAGUAUUAUAAUUUAUAUGCCGCUCUCUUGUCUGGUCAGAUUCAAAGCCUUAAACUGGCUUUAGCUCUUGUCGUCCGGUACUUUGGCCCGUUCCUAUACAGAAUAGCUGCGAGCAGAAGGUAUAUAUGUUGCAGUUGGCUGUUACUCCAGUAAAGGUCCAAGGCUUAAUAUCCGAGCACUCAACACUGUCAGUAUCUUUGUUAUGUGGUUGAGUUGCUGUCUUCGUCACAUUCGAAUAAUCGGUUUAAUCUGAA